AAUGUGUUUCAAUGGAAUCUUACUCAUGAAUAUGCAUGUUCAUGCAUGUGCAUGCUCCUAUAAAUACACCAAUUUGUGGGAAAGCCUAUUGCCAUUCAUAUGUAGCACCAAUAAUUCUACAUUAAUUUCUAUAUUUCCUCUCUAAUUAAUUCUCUAACUAUUAAUUAAAUUUAUUUUUGUGAUGGCGAAGAUCGCCGUCGGCAACGCCGCCGAGGCUUACCAGCCGGACACCCUCCAAGCCUUGGUGGUGGAGUUCAUCUGCACCUUCCUUUUCGUCUUUGCCGGCGUCGGCGCCGCCAUGGCCACCGAUAAGUUGAAUGGGGACCCACUAGUGGGGCUGUUUUUUGUGGCGAUGGCGCAUGCUCUGGUGGUGGCGGUGAUGAUCUCCGCCGGUUUCCGCAUCUCCGGCGGCCACCUCAACCCCGCCGUCACCCUCGGCCUCCUCGUCGGCGGCCACAUCACGGUGGUGAGGUCGAUUCUCUAUUGGAUUGAUCAGUUGUUGGCUUCCGUCGCCGCGUGUGCUCUGCUCAGCUACAUCACCGGCGGAAUGACGACACCAAUUCAUUCACUAGCAAGUGGAGUGGGGGCCAUUCAAGGUAUAGUAAUGGAGAUCGUUUUGACAUUCUCAUUGCUCUUCACCGUUUACGCCACAAUAGUUGACCCAAAGAAGGGGAACCUUGAGGGCCUAGGCCCACUCCUUACUGGGCUCGUCGUUGGGGCCAACAUUAUGGCCGGCGGCCCGUUCUCCGGUGCCUCCAUGAACCCGGCUAGGUCUUUCGGACCGGCCCUCGUCUCCGGGAACUGGACCGACCACUGGAUCUACUGGGUUGGGCCCCUCAUCGGGGGAGGCCUCGCCGGGUUCAUCUGCGAGAACUUUUUCAUUGUCAGGACGCACGUUCCUCUGGCUCGAGACGAAACUUUCUGAAUCAAAGGUUGCCGGUGUUAAUAUAGCGGUCGAUAUUAUUUUGUGUGGUUUCUUCCUUUCUUUCUUUUUAUGGUGUAAUUUUUAUUUCUUUUGAAUUGUUGCUAGUCUUUUUCUUUUCUUUUUAUAUAUGUAAUUUUAGUGCUUUUGUAGAUUAUGAUGGUGAUCGAGCAAAUUAAUAAAAUGUGAAGGUGUAAUUUUCAUGAGAAUGAAUUAUGUGCUUUUGUGGAUA